AAAUGCUUGGAUCCCGCUUCCUUCUUCUUGCUCUUGGUCUCCUAGUUUUGGUAUUGGCCGAGGAAUCAGCCGAACAACAAGUUCAAGAACCAACUGAACUCGAGAAGUCAGGAGAGCAACUCUCAGAGGAGGACUUAAUUGACGAGCAAAAGCGUACUCCAAUGCAACGCUCAUCAAUGGUUCGGUUCGGACGGUCACCAAUGCAACGCUCAUCCAUGGUUAGAUUCGGAAAGCGUUCGCCAAUGCAAAGGUCCUCAAUGGUUCGCUUUGGAAAACGGUCGCCAAUGCAACGAUCUUCAAUGGUGCGUUUUGGAAAACGUUCACCGAUGGAGCGUUCGGCUAUGGUUCGCUUUGGAAGAUCACCUAUGGACCGAUCGAAAAUGGUCCGAUUUGGUAGAUCAUCAAUUGAUCGCGCUUCUAUGGUUCGACUCGGAAAACGGACACCAAUGCAGAGAUCAUCGAUGGUCCGUUUUGGCAAACGUUCGAUGGAAUUUGAGAUGCAAUCAAACGAGAAGAACAUCGAGGACAGCGAAUAAACAAGUACAUGCAAACACCUUGAUUACCAAGAACAAAACGGUCUCACAUUGUAGUUUAAUCUCGUUCUACGGCCUAUUCUUACCUUUUUCAUUUAUGUAUUUUUUUUUGACAAUUAUUUUUGUGCCACUUGACUAAUAGUACAGAUUGGUCGCUACCCAAAUACUCCAGUGUAUCAAAAUUAAUUUGCGAUUUGCAAAAUAAAGAACCGACGCCUGUU